UGAAUCAAGGGACUGCUCCUCGUCUCUCAGGCCACCAGUCGCUCCGUGUCGAAUCUGCUCGCCGUCAUCUCCACUCAGGAACUCUCCCACCCGCCACAUCCAGCACCCGCGCUCGUUCGUUGCGCCUGGUUCCAACCUUGUUCGACCUUAUUCUUGGGCGCAUUUCCCGCCUUUAACACCUCAUCAAACCCGCACAAUGGACACAAAGAUGAUGGACUUCUGGAAGAGGCAAUACGCCGCCGUCAAUAUGCAGUCGUUCAGUGGCCAGCCCCAGCCCCAGUCUCAGCGUCCGCCUCCUCCUCCGCAGGAAGGACAUAUGGAAUAUCAAUGCUGGAACGCACCAUGGCCCGGCUUUUUCCCCCAGCAGCAGCAGCAGCAGCAGCAGCAGCGCGUAGUCAUGAUCAGCCAAGGAGGCAUGCACAGCACCAAGCAGACCGAGCCUAAGCCACGGUUGGCCAAGGAUGAGGUGGAGUUGCUUGAGAGCGAAUUCGCGAAGAAUCCGAAGCCGACUACUAGCACCAAGAGAGACCUCGCCGGGCGGAUGCGGGUUGAACCCGCAAGGAUCAACAACUGGUUCCAAAAUCGGCGCGCCAAGGAGAAGCAGAUCAAGAAAACCCGUGAGUUCGAGGCACAGCAGGCAGGCGAGAGAACCACCAAGGAAUCCGAAUCCCCCGAGGGCCAAGACUCUGGUGUUGUUAGCGAGUUUUAUCUCAUGGACAACAUCCACCAACCAGUAGGCCCCUCCAGCGCCGCUAUCGGCGAGGAGGAAGGGGUGGAGGAACAAGAGGAAGACGAGAUGGAGGAAGAUGAGGAAGACGAAGGAGAAGAGGAAGAGGAGGACGAGGUAGAUAAAAAGGAGGACGAGGAGAUCAACUUCAAGUCCGAGAGUCAUCAAUCCAUGAUGAACGAAGCCGACGAGUCAGACGGUGCUGAGGGCGCGCCUCGUUCGCUUGGAUCCUACUCGUACGAUGAUUCCAAGAGCGACGGGUUUCUUCAGACGCGAUAUGCGUCGCCCCCCUCGGUCACCGCUCGCGAUAUCCCCGACAUUGGCACCGCUGUUGCCUCGGCGAGCUUCGACGCGACUGGCGUCCAACAGGGCUACCUGAGCACAGCCACAUACACAUGUCGCCCCGACGAUCUUGCCUCGCCGCAACAAGAUCUCAUGACAGACAUGCCUCCCCUUGAGACUUUGGAAGAUUCAGCGUACUUUUCAGUCCCGUUGGGUCCUUCAAUGGGCCCUUCGUUCCCAACGGAAAUGAUGUUCGACGACCUGAGCGCCGACGUCAUGGGAGGCACUGAGCCCGUUGACCAUUUCGAGCAUCCGUCACCCGUCUCGGCGUCUCAAUCCCCGCCUCCCCCAACCAAUGUAAAGUUCAGAUACCCGCCGCCACCCACCAAUAUCGCCGCGCGAAGGAAUCUUCGUCGCCCCCCGUCGUUGGGCCCUAGUUCGCUCCGGAGCCUUUCGCACUCGCACGGACCCAAGACUUGUGUCGAUGUUUCCCGUCGUACCGAUUGCGCCAGCCCGAGGCCGCGCAUCACUUCUGCUAGCUUGACUGGUAGAGUACAGAAAGCCGGGCCGGGGCCAAGAUCAUCGUUCAGUCUAGACCGCAGCACAUCUUUGCUCAACAGCAUACGGCGCUCUGGCUCUCCGAUUCGGGGUCCUCUGAACUACGCAGUCUCGCCACCAUCACCGAACGAAUUGAACGCCCUGGAGAACCUGGCUCCGGCGAAUGUCUCGGACGAAGAGCAAGGGUGGGCCCUUGGUCGCUGGGCGGUUUCCUCCCUCCACAACGAACAGGCCAUCAACACGCCGCCUCGAACUCCGGGGCUGCCAGCGGGGUUGCCAUCGGGGCUGCCAUCGGGGUUGCAAUUGGAUUUUCACCACAAUGUGUUCUGCUCCCAGAUGGAUCAGCCCGGGACCGGUCUGGCACAUGAUGAAGCCGUCCAGACCCCUAGCCUAUGUAGCUUUGCUGGGUCGGAGCUCGAGUACCCGAUGGGGCAACCACUGCCUGGAUACGUGGCGAGCCAACCCGUUACUCCGUCGUUGCCGAUGAACUUUGGCCCGACCUACGGUUUCCCUGGGCGUGGGCCGUCGAAUGUUGAGUACAACUUCCCCGACUCAUUCCCUGGGGGUUCGACAAUGUCGUCACCUGGGCAACCCAAGUCGAAAAUCCAGUUCGCCCAGAACGUCACGCCCCAGGACUUCAACCUCGAGAGAUGAUAGGGAACCCUCACCCUGUCGCUCCCACUUCCGAACACAUCUCGGCUCGAGGUGUCGUGUACCAAACGAUUUAUUUGGCUUUGCGUCUCUUUUAGCAUGCUGCUAUUGGUGCUUACACCACUGCACUAUUACCGACAUACGGCGUUUAGGAUGCCUGAAAAGCAUUACUCAGCG